UCCCGCUGACCGACACCGACCUCCUGCCUGUCUGCAGGCCGCGGCAUGGACGCCGGAGUUCCACCUGAUUCCUCUGGAUCACCGUGUUUCCGGCUCGAGCGUCGGUUGAAGCGAAGCAGGAUGACGAGGAGCAGCUGAGGCUGUAAGGCUUCACUGACGGAUUGUGCGCGGAGCUUCGCGUUCCGAUGCAGCAGAGGACCGCCAUUGUUUGGAUGCGCCGCAGACCGAGAGGAGCCUGAGAGGACCGUUGGAACGAGAGACAGCAUGCUGAUCCCGGCGCUGCUGCAGCUUCUCCUGGCCGCCCACCUGGUCUCCUUUGUUCCGGUGUCUGAGGCGUUCCAGGUGAGACUGAACAACGAAGGUUUAAUAGAGGUGUCCCUUGAGAGUUCAGACCUCCGGGAGAACGUCUCGUCGUACGCUGCCCAAAUCUCAGGGGAACCUCGACCCAAUGUGGUCCAGUUCGUGAACGCCAGCCAGCCUCUGCUGUUCAACACUUCAUUCCAUGGCCUUAGUUACAGCGUGGGGCUGCUGCUCCGACAGGGGCUGUUAUGGUCCAGACCCGUCAAGACUGUGUCUGUCCUCACCAGACCGCUUCCUGUCAGCACUGCUCACAUCUCAGACUAUAGCGACUCUCCCGAGACUGGCGUGGUCUUUGACCUGGAGGCACCGGCCGGGAACGUGUUCAGUCGGGUCAACAUCAGCUACACUGAGGGGCGAGAGCGACGCUCCAUGCUCUACAAAGAUUUCUUCCGGGGGAAGACAGUGUUUAAACACUGGUUGCCGGGCUUCUGCUACCGUGACAUUACAUUCCAGCUGGUCUCCGAGGCCACCAUUUACCAGAAUGCCAUGAUGGCUGUUAGUGAUGUCACACACACGCCCCUCCAUCACCGCACAGUGCCCUACCCUCCCCUCAACAUUACCCAUAAAAUUGUUGACCUGAGCCAGAGAGGGUCAACAGGCGAAACCCCAGGCAGCGUUGCUCCUGAAGGAAAGCAGCGGUCAGCGCGCUGGGCACGAGAAGUCGAACAGCCUGACGAGGAGAAUGAAGAAAAUUCGCCUGAGCAGACGACGUCUCAACCUCUUUUCACGCUGACAAGCAAUGAGACGGCCACCGCAGUCGACAUGAACGCCCUGGUGACCACUGACCCUCAGAACUACUGGCUGGAGCCCACAGAGUCUCCCACGGCUGACAAGGACGAUGGGUUUGUGAAUGCUGAAGUUCCAGAAUAUGAAGACUCCAAUGAGCCGGGGUCUGCUAUGGUCCUCCCACCCGAGGCGGCUGUUCUUCCCACUAAGCUCCCACCAAUAUUGUUGGAGUUACGAUGGCUCCCUCCGAAACCCCCUACCAACUAUGAUGGCUUUAAUGUCUACAUUCACAGAGACGGUAACUUGACUGAAACAGCAACAGUGGAUGAAAACACUCAUGAAUUCUUCACCGAGUUGACGGAGCCAGGGACAUACAAGGUCCAAGUCACGACCCUCAGCUCAUCUGGAGAUUGCGACGCACGAGAAAGUGCUGCAGACACUGGUUUCACCUUCUUCCUCAGUCCGACUGGUGAGCUGCUGGAUGAGCUGCGUCUGCGUCCAAAGGCUGUUAGCGUCAGGCUGUUGGAUUCCAGCACGGCUGCCGUGUCCUGGGCUCCGUCCUCAGAGAACCACAACGGGAGCGUGGUGUCAGUAGUGUCAACCACCUGUCUGAAGCCGAGCCUGAGCCAGAGGAUGGAGACCAACUACUGCAGCGAGGAAAACUCAACAAGUGACAUCAUUACGAAUCUGACCCCAGGUGCUCAGUACCGGGUCGUAGUCUACCACACCAAUGGUCCGCUGAUAAGCCCACCCUCAGAGCCUGUCAUCAUUGACAUCGAGCCCACCGGUGUUAGUGAGCUCAAUGUCUAUCCGCUGAGCCCGACCGCCGUGAUCCUGAGCUGGCAGCGGCCAUAUCACGUGGCCUUCCGCAAGUACGUCCUCCAGACCUUCUUCUUCAACCCUGUCACGUUGUCUUCAGAGUGGACCACCUAUUAUGAGAUUGCAGCCACGGCCUCUGUCAUCGCCUCAGUGCGGGUGACCGACCUUCUGCCAGCGUGGUACUACAACUUUCGUGUUUCCAUGGUAACUUGGGGUGACCCACCUCUGAGCUGUUGUGACAGCUCCACUGCCAGUUUUGUCACAGCGCCAGAGGCUCCUCACAUCUCCUCAGUGGAUUAUUCUCACGGGGUUCUGUUCUUACGCUGGACUUACGGGGAGCUCUUCAUUGACCUUUCCCACUCCAGGAUCCUGCACUGGCAGGUGGUCGCUGUCGGGAAGAAAUCGGCUGAGAAAAGCUUCUCAGUAGACGUGACACGUAACAUGAUGCGGGCGAGUCUUCCACUGCCACCAGGAGAUAUCUACAACCUGACGGUGACGGCUUGCACCGAGCGCAGCAGGAACACCUCCAUGCCAAACAUCAUUAAACUAGAACCGGCUCCUCCACGAUCUUUGUACGCCAUCAACGCCACACACUCAUCUGUGACUCUGCUGUGGAACGAGGUGGGCGUAGUCGACCACUACCAGAUCAUCUGCAAGGCCACGCGAGCAAACAAGGAGCUGAAGCCGCCGGAGCCUCAAAUAUCAAACUCACAUGUGGCGACCAUUUCCGGCCUGACGCCUGCCUCGUCCUACAAUUGUACUGUCACCAGCUACAGCUACAGCACUGCCAGCAAACCAGCGCACAUUACCAUCACAACUGUUGCUAAAGAGAUGAACCCAAGUGUGGCAGCCAUCUCUGCUCUCGCCAUCCUCAGCAUUCUGCUCAUCAGCCUGCUGGUUUUGUUUCUACUGGUCCUUCGCAAGAAGCACUUACAGAUGAGCAGAGAGUGCGGUGCUGAGACCUUUGUCAACUUCGCCUCAUUUGAAAGAGACGGGAAGCUUCCCUACAACUGGCGAAGAAGCCUCUUUGCCUUCCUCACCCUUCUGCCAUCCUGCCUUUGGACUGACUAUCUUUUGGCUUUUUAUAUUAAUCCGUGGAGCAAGACGGCUUUAAAGAAGCGGAAGCUAACAAGUCCAGUGCAGCUGGAUGAUUUUGACUCCUACUUCAAGGAAAUGAGCAAAGACUCUGCCUACAAGUUCUCGUUGCAAUUUGAGGAGCUGAAGAGUGUCGGACUGGACCUUUCUCAUGAUGCCGCAGACCUGCCAGUCAACAGACCCAAGAAUCGCUACACCAACAUCCUACCUUACGACUUCAGCCGGGUGAAACUGAUCUCCAUGCACAACGACGAGGGCUCUGACUACGUGAAUGCAAAUUACAUACCCGGUUACAAGCAUGCAAAGGAAUACAUUGCUACUCAAGGUCCACUGCCAGAGACCCGGAACGACUUCUGGAAAAUGGUGCUGCAGCAGAAAUCGCCCAUCAUCGUCAUGCUGACGCAGUGCAACGAGCGGCGCCGGGUCAAGUGUGAUCACUACUGGCCGUUCACCGAUGAGCCGGUCAUGUACGGAGAGAUCAGCGUGGAGAUGCUGUCGGAGACGGAGUCUCCGGAGUGGACCAUCCGGAAGUUCAGACUGGGCUAUGCCGAUGAGAGUCAGGACGUCCUCCACCUGAACUACACCUCCUGGCCAGAUCACGGCGUUCCCACGGUCAAUGCCAUCGAGAGCAUCCUGCAGUUUGUCCUCAUUGUCCGGCAGCAGGCCAACCGGACCAAAGACCCCAUCAUCGUGCACUGCAGCGCUGGGGUCGGCAGGACGGGCACCUUCAUCGCUCUCGAUCGGCUGAUGCAGCACAUCAGAGAACACGAGUUCGCCGACAUUCUGGGCAUGGUGUCGGAGAUGCGCUCGCACCGGCUGUCCAUGGUCCAGACUGAGGAGCAGUACGUGUUCAUCCAUCAGUGCGUCCUGCUGAUGUGGCAGAAGAAGAAGCAGCAGUCCAUCACCUCUGACGUCAUCUACGAAAAUGCUAGCAAAACAUAAUGGCAGCUAACGUGUCCGAAAAGAUGAGGUGGCACACUCCCUGUAGUGCAUCAGGCGUCUCUACUCUCUGCAGAUGACUCAUCAUCAAAAGUGGCAAAGAAGCUAAAUUGAUGCCAUUUUCCCCAAAAACAUGUCCAACAGAGCGUGUUAUGCCUUAAGGAGAGGACUGAGCAGCAUCCCCCCCCAUCCCCCCGCCACCUGCCCUUGACUGAUGAGUGAUGCUGGGGUCGAUGAGCGCCCUCCUGUGACCAGAUGUUUACACUUCAUCAGUUCAGACGUCACCAUGAGUCAGCGGAUCUCCUUCCAUUUUUCGCUUUUGUUCAUCUCAGGAGCAGCUGACAGGUCUUUCCGUGGAGUUAAGCUUGUCGGUCACCUUCACGCUGCGGGUCAGGACUCGGCGUGGACGUGGCCGGACGUCGGACUUGCACAAUAUCAUUACGUACCACGUGCUGACUGAAGGUUGGACCCAACAUGAGCACAAAACUAUCGCGUGUUUGACUAACGUCUUAAUCCGUGGCAUCGUCAGUGUUGUUAAUAUAAGUCCUGAAUCAUCGCUGCUCGGUCAAAUCGAGAACCUCCGAACGCCUGAAUGUUGGCUGAAUCUGCACAAACCAGGGACCACCUGCCGCGAGGAGGGACGUGGCCGCUCGCACCUGGAGGACGGUUGUUGUCGUCUGUAUUUGCACUGAGGCCUUGGAGCAGCUGACCCGCUGCUUCCGACUGGACGCUAACAUGACGGACGUUGUCCAGGUUUGACCACAGCCACCCUGACCUUUGUAGAGACUGAGGAGAGGUUUCAUGCUGAGGACUGAUAUUCACAGCCGUCUUCUCCCCAACACAACCGGAUGUUUGUUUCUGCUGUUACUGGUGUGUUAUUCAUGUGACAAGACAAUUAGAUCACAGUUGGAAUGGUCUCCCCCUGGUGGCAGGAGACUGCAUAAAUUCCACUACCAACAUUUCGUUUUUGGUUUUGCUUGCAAAACGUUUUUGUGUUUUAGAGUUGCUAAAUAACACAGAGAAACAUGCAUGUUUAUUUAAGACAUUAUGUAACUCAGCGUGGCCAUACCAUGAAAAAUCAUGAUUUUUUUUUUUAAACAGACUAAAACACUUCAUGAGUUACACAGGGACCAAUGAAGUUGACUCCGUAAGAAGAAGUAGUCUCAACCAGUUUUGUUUGGAAGUAAGGGCACAUUGAUGGUUACAGCCGCUCUACACCAAAAUCAUAGUAAUGUCUCCUGGUCUUAUUUGUUUGGAGCGUAUCUGCUGUUGGGAGGAAAAUCUUUGGGCCCCCAUUGGCACCUGAAUCCAUCACAGUGUGUAGUAGAUAAGUUUUGGCUGGAAAUAAUGUCAGAAGUCCUCAUAUCUUCAGUGAACAUGCCUCAACACUUGAGAGCAAGCAACGCCUUGAUUUAACCCUUGAUGGCCCUACAAUCUUAAACAUGUGGCUCAAACGUCACAAUUGGUCCAGAUCACAGAGGCCCCAGUUUGCUGGUGCCUCAGGCCAUCAGUACUUGUGCAGCGUAUAAAGCCAACAACAGUUUUGUCUUCAUUUGUACACGACGUACUAGUCAAAGGGGAAGCGGCGACUUUAUACAAAACUCUCUCACUGACCAGGACACACAGGACGUCAACAAAUUAUUUUCUUUUUAAGUUCAUUCGACGUAUGAAUGGCUGUUUUAUGGUAGAUUGUUUCUUUCAAUCAAGUUUUAUAUCAGACAUCCUCUGUUUUAUAAGUGAUGAGACUCUGGUUUACUGAAUUUGAAAACGUGUUCAACUCGAAUAUUAAGAAAUGGCAGUAAUACCUCUGCGGUAUCUUUUAAAAUGGUACUUUUAUGUUGGAAGAGCGGUUCGAAAUAGGUGAGUCUUUUUCAUUAGGUUUGUUUGAAGUAGUUUUAUUUUUAAACUUAAUAUAUCAAGUGUUUUUCACAUCCCCAACAACAUUCAAUUCAAGACGUGGUGAUGAUGGGAUUGUACAUGUCCCAGCUCGCAGCUAAGUCUCUGACUAGAUUCCUGGUGACACAUUCAAAGGUUCCAUUGAAUCUUUAGGAUCGCCUGUCCGCAAUAUUAAAGUUGUGGUCUCUGCAUUUUGUUAAAACUCUUGUGAUGCUUGAGAUUUGUCUCACUGUUAGUGGUUUCAUAACUUUAUUUCAACCUCAUUUUUGGCCGUCCAAUGGAGUCCCGCUGUAAAAGAACUCUCGACAGUUAUUCACUUAUUCGUCAGUCAUAUGGAAAAUGCAUUUUCAUCCUUGCUACAUUAGAUGCCAAAACCACAGGCUUCCCAAAGACAUGAUUUUUCACAGUAGGUUAUGAAUAAUUCUCAAUCUUUGAAUAGGAUUGAUAUCCUAAACUGUCCAGUUUAGUUGUUGGGCUCAGAAAGGUGAAUUGGAAAGUUUCCUUUCGUGGUCCUGUCUGUUCACUUCCCGGAGAAAUUGGUGAAUGUUUAUUGGCGUGAACCUUUCCUUAUUGUGGCCUUGAGGUUCAAACCGAUUGGACGGACUUCCGACAGAGUCGCCGCUGGAUCUUGGUGAAUAUCAGAUGUACUGUACAUACUAACUGCUGUUUCUACUCGUCAUUGCAAAGUAACUCUUGUGAAAAUGGCUUCUGUUGCUUUAGAGGUUUGUUACUUGUAAAUGUGAAGCAUCGUUACCUGAGCCGCUAGUUUCCUCGUUUGGACUCUAGAACUAGUCUGGCCGGUCCAACGCACUUUCUUCUUCGUCUGUCGGGAGUAAAAUACUGGUAGAAAACGCAGACCUGACAGAAGCUGUGGAGAUUUCUGAAGCUCACCGCUGAUCACUCGUACGCUUCUCUUCUCUUACUUUGUGUCCGUCCAGUCAACUUGUUCGUCUUUGGUGCCAUUUUUGUGAUGUGUGUCACUUAAAAUUUGAUGAUCGCUGGAUCGUCUUCACAGUUUCGGUGUGGAAAACAAAGUAAAACAUUGCAGUUCAAUCAUGUGUGGUUUGUGAGUUUAUGACUGGUUUGAAUGUCUUUUAAAGGUGGGUGCUCCGGGGAAACUUUGGUGGCACUUCUUUACCUGGAAAUCGUCAUUUCAGGAUGUAACUUUGCAUUACUCAAGGUUCUUGCAGGCAGAGUUUCUGGUUAGUUUCUGUUCCCGACUCAUCACCCAACACUCCACCACAACCUCAUCAGUCCACCUCAAAACACCAGAUACACUCUGGCUUUUGCCUUUGAUCAACGUCUCUUUGAUCUGUGUUUUCAUGUUCCAUCCUGAAAAGUAUUCUCUGCUAGUUUGAAUGGCAAAACUUGAACGCCCAAGUCAUGAUAUUAACAUGUUUGUUUUAGGUGUCCUUUAACUGGUGUUGACUGGUCAAAACAUCUGGGCCUUGAGUUUAUGCUGUAAGGA